AUGCAGGAAGUGGAAUAUUUUAGCGACACAACCACCGCCAUCAGUACGGAGCGAAUGGAGCGCAAGCAUCCACGCAAGUGCAGCUACGACUUGCUGGAUGGGCCGGACGUACUACCAGGCCGGCAAACGCCCCAACAUCACCGCACCGCCGCGUAUAACAAAUGCGAUGAAAAUGUAAAUUACACCGCGGAUCCACUGCUGCUCACUUCAUCCGACGAGGAUAGCAGCGGGUCGCCGACGGGCGAGAUGAAUAAUUGCAUCAAGUUCAUGGAGAAACCAGCACUGAUCAAACGGUUCGCCCUCGGGUUUCUGCGUAGCACCGAGGAAAGUUUGCCGCUGAUGUGCCAUAAAUCAUCGCCCACCUCGCCGCAGAAGAAGCUUAACGACAUCCUGUCCGAGGACAUCUACACGCUGGACCAGAUCGUGUCGAGUAAGUUUGGCGACUCGUGCAAGCAAUCGUUCGCCGGUUCGACACGUUUACUGCCCGGCGGCAUUGGAACGACGGUGUCGACGGUACCGGCUACGACGACAACGGUCGCCGACGGUGUGGAGUACGAGUUCAAGCGGAACCUGAUCCGACAGACAAACAGUGCGAGCUCGAGCCCGAAGCGCUUCCCGACGGUAACGCCACCGAAACAUGCCGACAGUCUAAACAGCGUUAGCCUUGGCGAGGACAGCGAGGAGUUGAACCGGGCGUCCUGGUUCCAGGCGGGACUGCCGCGUGAACUAUCCCUGGAGGUACUGACCCAGCAGAGCCCCGGUGCGUUUCUCGUGCGGCGAAGCACCACCAAGCAUGGAUGCUUUGCGUUAUCCUUGCGCGUACCGCCCGGGCCGGGUCCGAAGGUGGUGCACUAUUUAAUUAUGAAAACCGAGCGUGGAUAUAAAAUUAAGGGCUUCACGAAGGAAUUUUCCUCGCUGCGCGCACUGAUAACGCACCAUUCGGUGAUGCCGGAGAUGCUUCCGGUUCCGCUGUCACUGCCACGACCGCAAAACAUCCCGAUGAAGUGCAAACACACGGACGACUACGAUACCUUCAGUGCGCUGAACGAGUUCUCCAAACUGUUCUCCGACCUAGACAUCUGUUCGUAG